CAGUGCACGUGGCCGGGCGGGGAGGAGCGACCAGCAGAGCCGCCGGUAGCUGCAAGAUGGCCCGUCCGUCCCCGGUCGCCAACACCCGAGUCUUCUUCGACGUGGACAUCGGAGGCGAACGCGUUGGUCGAAUUGUCUUAGAAUUGUUUGCAGAUGUUGUGCCCAAAACUGCUGAAAAUUUCCGUGCACUAUGUACAGGAGAAAAAGGGAUAGGGCCUACCACUGGAAAGCCUCUUCAUUAUAAAGGAUGCCCUUUCCAUAGAAUUAUUAAGAAAUUCAUGAUCCAGGGUGGAGACUUCUCAAAUCAGAAUGGCACAGGUGGAGAAAGUAUAUAUGGAGAAAAAUUUGAAGAUGAAAACUUUCAUUAUAAGCAUGAUCAGGCAGGGCUGCUGAGCAUGGCAAAUGCAGGACCCAAUACAAAUGGCUCUCAGUUCUUUAUCACAACGGUGCCAACCCCUCACCUGGAUGGGAAACAUGUGGUGUUCGGACGGGUGAUCAAAGGAAUGGGCGUUGCUAAAAUAUUAGAAAAUGUUGAAGUGAUUGGAGAAAAACCUGCACAGUUGUGCAUUAUUGCAGAAUGUGGAGAGCUGAAGGAAGGUGAUAACUGGGGAAUCUCCCCAAUGGAUGGCUCUGGAGAUACUCACCCAGAUUUCCCUGAAGAUUCAGAUGUAGAUUUAAAAGAUGUUGACAAGAUUGUGUCCAUAGCAGAAGACAUAAAGAAUAUAGGAAAUACUUUCUUCAAAUCACAGAACUGGGCAAUGGCAACUAAAAAGUACACUAAGGGCUUGAGGUACGUGGAGGCUUCUAAAGCCAUAGCGGAGGAGUCAGAUACAGCAAAGUUGAAUCCUGCUGCCUUGACCUGCCUUUUAAAUAUUGCUGCUUGUAAACUGAAGGUGUCAGACUGGCAGGCAGCUAUUGAAAGUUGUUGUGAGGCACUUGCACUAGAUCCAGCAAACACCAAAGCACUUUACAGGCGGGCUCAAGGCUGGCAGGGAAUAAGAGAUUUUGAUCAGGCACUGGCUGAUCUGAAGAAGGCUCAGGAGAUAACACCUGAAGAUAAAGCUAUCCAAACUGAAGCACUCAAGGUGAAACAGAAGAUAAAGGCCCAAAAAGAAAAGGAAAAAGCAGCUUAUGCUAAAAUGUUUGCUUGAGUGAAGGUUUUUUCCUGUUAAAGUUUAUGCACUGAAUGACUGACUUGUACAGUAAGAGUGUUUACAGAGGUGGUAGAGGCAAGUGUUACUUCUGUUAUCUGCCCCAUACUGCAAUCAAUUGAUUAUGUCCAAUAUUUAUUAUGAAACUCUAGUUUAAAUAGUUAAGUUAAAAGUUAAAAUGUUGGUUUCCAAGUGGUUUUUAUAGCUAAAGUGACUCUCAGAAAACAAACACAUACUUAACCAUAUUAGGGUGAUAAUGCUUGUCCUUUUGCAGGGUAGACAUUCUUAAAAGUUUACCAGAACAACUUCAGUUUUAACACCCAGGAAGGAAGUUGAAGUACAGUAUUCUCCCAUUAAUUCCUUCACUAGAGCAGUAAAUCAGACUUUCCCAUGUAUGCAUCAGCACCAGCAUAGUAGUGCUGUCUAAAAUAAACAGUUUGUAAACAGUAUUCAUGAACUCAGUUCACACAAAACUACAUUUUAUGGCAAACUAGCUUUAUUAAAAGUUUCUUCUCUUGAAACAACAGGGAGCUUGUUAAAUA